AAAUGAGAAAGGUUUUUAUAUUUGAAUUUAUAUUGGCGGCUCAUGUUAUAUUUUGUAUUCUGAUAGAAAUGCAAUCAGUGAUAUUUCCAAUUUAAUAAAAAUUAAUAGAUUUAGAUAAUGUUGGACCUGUGAAAAAGUAUAAUAAUAAUCAAAUUAAAUUAAUAGAAAUAGUCAUGCAAAUCAUAAUUCUUAUUUUGAUUUAUUUGGAUUCUUUGGAUUAUGUAUAUGGUUAGUAUUAAAAUAUUUUUUUGAAGGAUUUCGAUUAAAUUCAAUUUUAAUAAUGGGAGCAUAUACAUUCUUUUUUUUUGAUAGAGUAUUUAUUGAAUUGUUAAAUAUGAAUAGGCAUUAUAAUUUGGAGAUAAAAUACUAUGUUAAGUAGCUGGAAUAUUAACAAUUUUAUAUGUUUGGACAUUAAUUAGUUAUCCAGUUUAUUAAUUUCCUAAACCAACAGGAAAAUAUAGAACUUGUUAUAAAUAAAUAAAAUUGAAUGAUAGUUAUUCAACUGAUGCAUCUGUUUAUUAUCCAUGUGCAGAUAGAAAAUAAGAAGAUGUUUCAUAUAAAUGGUUGCCUAAUCAUAAAUUUGCUAAAUAAUUAUAUGAAAUAUCAAUUCUUUAAACUAAAUGGGUUCCAUCAGAAUGGAUAUUCGAUGUUGCAUUAAGUUUUCUAGAGUAAUUGAAAUUAUUAUAUUUAUCAAUAGUUUUAUAACUUUUAGAGCAAGUGAAGAAUAACCAUUAUUAAAUAAUGAAUUAGAUGUAAUAAUAUUCAGUCAUGGAUUUUCAUAACAUAGAAAUGCAUAUACAGCAUUAUGUUAAUAAUUAGCAAGUGAAGGUUAUAUUGUUUUUUCAUUAUAACAUUAUGAAUUAGUCUAUCCAUGGGAUAUUAAAGCUACUAAAAUUUAUAAUACUGGCAAUUAUCCAGAAAUCAUUGAAAAAUAUUAAAAAAUUAGAGCAUCUCAUUUAGAAUGGAGAACUGAACAAAUUUCACAAUUCAUUUAAACACUCAAAACUAAUAAAAUUAAAGAUAUUUUCUUUGAUUUUAAACCAUUAUCAAUAAAUUUAAUUGGUCAUUCAUUUGGAGGUGCAUCAGUCCUUAGAAUUGCUUAAGAAAUUGAAGUCAAUUCAGUAAUUGCUUAUGAUCCAUGGUUAUUCCCAUUCACUUAAUAAUAAAUGCAUAAAUAACUUAAAUCCAGAACUUUAAUCUUAAGUAAAGAUAAAAAUAGAAUUAAAUAAGAAAUAUUUGAUCCUAAAAUGCUUAAAGACUUUUUAGAAUUUAAUAACUAAAUUGAACAUUAUAAAAUUAAAUCUUUAGAUCAUGUAUAUCCUGUUGAUUUAACUUAUAUUAUGGCUGCUGAAAUGGUUUUAUUUGGAGAAUUAAGAAAUGAUGACAACAUAUUUUCAAUCAAUAAUCUAAUUCAUUCAUUAACAACCAAAUUCUUAUAGUAAAAACUAUUCAGUGUUCAAGAAAGUAAAUCAUUUUGUUGA